AUGGAGGCCGGAGGGGAGCGUUUUCAUCAACAAAGGCAAGUCCUGAUCCUCUUUCUUUUGCUGGGAGUGACUUUUGCAGGCUGGGAAUCCCGUCGCUAUUCCGUGAUGGAGGAAAUAGAGAGCGGCUCGUUUGUGGCCAACCUUGUCAAGGACUUGGGGCUCGGAGUGGGGGAGCUAGCUGCGCGGGAAGCCCGGGUGGUCUCUGAGUACAACGAACCCCGGUUGCAGCUCGAUCUGCAGACUGGGAAGUUGACAUUAAAUGAGAAACUGGACCGGGAGGAGAUGUGCGGCGCUACAGAUCCAUGUGUAAUGCAUUUUCAAGUGUUACUGAAAAAACCAUUGCGAGUAUUUCGAGCUGAGCUACUGGUGAGAGACAUAAACGAUCAUGCUCCUGAGUUUCCUGAAAGAGAAAUGACUUUGAAAAUCCCAGAGAACAGCCCUCCUGGGUCAGUGUUUCCUCUGAAAAAUGCUCAGGAUUUGGACGUGGGCAACAACAACAUCCAAAACUACAGUAUCAGUCCCAAUUCUUAUUUUCAUGUUUCCACCCGCAAUCGGGGGGAUGGUAGGAAAUACCCAGAGCUGGUGCUGGACAAAGAGCUUGAUCGGGAGAAGCAGGCCUUGCUCAGAUUAACCCUCACAGCGCUGGAUGGCGGCUCUCCGCCUCGAUCUGGUACCACCCAGGUCAGAAUCUUGAUCUUGGAUAUCAAUGACAACGCCCCUCAGUUUGCGCAGGCCCACUACCAGGUGCAGGUCCCAGAGAACAGCCCCGUAGGCGCCCUAGUUGUCAAAGUUUCUGCUAGAGAUUUAGACACUGGUUCAAAUGGAGAGGUAUCAUAUUCCCUGUUUUAUAACCACAAAAUGGCACAAAUAUUUCACUUGGAUUCUUACACGGGAGAAAUAUCAAGUCAAGAACCUCUGGAUUUUGAACAAUACACAAUUUAUCCAAUGGAAAUUCAAGCUCAGGAUGGUGCAGGCCUCAUGGCCAGAGCUAAGGUGCUGGUCAAAGUUCUGGACAUAAAUGAUAAUGCCCCAGAGGUAACCAUCACCUCUGUCACCACUUCAGUCCCAGAAAACUUUCCUCCUGGGGCCAUAAUUGCUCUUAUCAGUGUGCAUGAUCAGGACUCUGGAGACAAUGGUCAAACUUCAUGUUCCAUUUCUGGAAAUCUACCCUUUAAAUUAGAAAAGUUAGAUGAUAAUUAUUACCGUUUGGUGACAGAAAAAACAAUGGAUAGAGAACUUACCUCCCAGUACAAUAUUACAAUAACAGCCACAGAUCAGGGAACUCCGACUCUAUCUACUGAAACGCACAUUUCACUUCAAGUGACAGACAUCAAUGACAACCCUCCCACCUUUCCCCACACGUCCUACUCUGCCUACAUUCCUGAAAACAACCCCAGAGGUGCCUCCAUCUUUUCCGUGAUGGCCUGUGACCCCGACAGCAACGACAAUGCCCAUGUAACUUAUAGCUUGGACGAGGACACCCUUCAGAGUGCACCCCUGUCCUCAUACAUCUCCAUCAACUCUGACACUGGUGUCCUCUACGCACUGCGUUCAUUUGAUUAUGAGCAGUUCCGUGAACUUCAGUUAUGGGUUACAGCACAGGAUGGUGGGAAUCCACCCCUCAGCACCAAUGUGUCUGUGAGCAUAUUCGUGCUGGACCAGAACGACAACACACCUGAGAUUCUGUACCCUGCACUCCCCACGGACGGUUCCAUGGGCGUGGAGCUGGCACCCCGCUCCGCAGAGCCCGGCUACCUGGUCACCAAGGUGGUGGCAGUGGACAGAGACUCAGGACAGAACGCCUGGCUGUCCUACCGCCUGCUCAAGGCCAGCGAGCCAGGGCUCUUCUCGGUGGGGCUGCACACGGGCGAGGUGCGCACAGCGCGGGCCCUGCUGGACAGAGACGCGCUCAAGCAGAGCCUGGUGGUGGCGGUCCAGGACCACGGCCAGCCCCCUCUCUCUGCCACCGUCACGCUCACCGUGGCUGUGGCUGACAGCAUCCCAGACGUCCUGACUGACCUAGGCAGCCUGAAGCCCUCAGUGGACCCUGACGACUCCGGCCUCACACUCUACCUGGUGGUGGCGGUGGCCGCGGUCUCCUGCGUCUUCCUCGCCUUUGUCAUUGUGCUGCUGGCGCUCAGACUGCGGCAUUGGCACACGUCGCGUCUGCUCCAGGCUUCGGGCAGCGGGUUGGCUGGCGUGCCGGCGUCUCAGUUUGUGGGCGUGGACGGGGUGCGGGCCUUCCUGCAGACCUAUUCGCACGAGGUCUCGCUCACCGCGGACUCUCGGGGGAGUCACAUUCUGGUCACAGUUCUGGAUGUGAAUGACAAUGCCCCAGAAGUUACAAUUACUUCUCUCACAGGCUCCAUUCCGGAAAACUCUCCCAGAGGGACGUUAAUUGCCCUUUUAAAUGUAAAUGAUAAAGACUCUGGGGAAAAUGGACGAGUAACCUGUUUCGUCCUUAGGAAUCUACCCUUUAAAUUAGAAAAGUCCUAUGGAAAUUAUUAUAGUUUAAUGACAGACACACUCUUAGACCGAGAACUGGUUCCUAGCUACAACAUCACCGUGAUGGCCACUGACCGAGGAAGUCCGCCCCUGUCCACGGAAACUGACAUCACCCUGCACGUGGCAGACAUCAACGACAAUGCGCCUGCUUUCUCUCAAGCCUCCUACUCGGCAUAUAUCCUAGAAAACAACCCCAGAGGAGCUUCCAUCAUCUCUGUGACCGCCUAUGACCCCGACUAUGGAGAGAAUGCCCAGGUCACUUACUCCUUGGUGGAGGACACCCUCCAGGGAGCUCCCCUGUCCUCCUACGUCUCCAUAAACUCAGACACUGGUGUCUUGUAUGCCCUCCGCUCCUUCGACUAUGAACAAUUACGAGACUUAGAGCUACAAGUGAUGGCACAUGAUAGUGGGGACGUUCCACUCAGCAGCAACGUUUCUCUGAGCCUGUUCGUGCUGGACCAGAACGACAACUCGCCAGAAAUCCUCUUCCCCGUCGUACCUACCGAUGGCUCCACAGGGGUGGAGCUGGCACCCCGCUCCGCAGAGCCCGGCUACCUGGUCACCAAGGUGGUGGCAGUGGACAGAGACUCAGGCCAGAACGCCUGGCUGUCCUACCGCCUGCUCAAGGCCAGCGAGCCAGGACUCUUCUCGGUGGGGCUGCACACGGGCGAGUUUGUGGGCGUGGACGGGGUGCGGGCUUUCCUGCAGACCUAUUCGCACGAGGUCUCGCUCACCGCGGACUCUCGGGGGAGUCACGUGAUCUUCCCGCAGCCGAACUAUGCGGACACGCUCAUCAGUCAGGAGAGCUGUGGGAAAAGCGAGCCUCUCUUGCUCUCAGGCGAUUCCGUGUUUUCUAAAGAUAAUCAUGCAUUAAUUCAGAGUCCGGCGCUGGCGCAUUUUUCGUGCAGUUAUUGGCUGGGACUCUGCGUGCCGCUGUCGGCCAAUGGAGACGCUGGAGAUCUGGCCCCGGCCCGUCCCCUCUCGGCGCCGCGGGAUGAGGCCGAGACUGAACAGCCGGCGAGCAAAUCAGCGGCAUCCAGAAAGCCAUGUCCGACUCGGAGCCCAGCGCCCGAGCGCUAA